UCAGUUUAGUAAAAAUCAUUUCAGUUCAGCAAAAUUAAGGUGAAUGAAAUCGAGCCUAAGUCUACAAUAAUGAAAUUUACAUAUUAUAAAAUGGGGUGUACUAUAUACAAGCAUCCUUUAGAAAUCUUGAUUUACCCAAAAAAAAAAAACAUUAGUUGGACCAGUACACAAAGUGUUUCAUGAUUUACCCAAAAAAAAAAAUCAUUAGUUGGACCAGUACUAUAUACAAGCAUCCUUUGACAUACCGUAUGGCUUGACUUCCAAGCCACAAAGUGUUUCACUUAACAUUUGGACAUCAACCUUAGUAGUUAUAUACCUUUUUUUUUUAAGGGAACCUCAAUUAUAUAUUUACAUACGACUUGAAUUGGGGGUAUCCCAAGAAGAAAAACAAAAACACUCUUCUUAAAUUUCCAUGCUCAUAAAUACACUCUAAUAUCAAGCUUCAAUUCUGUUGCACUGCAAACACAAAACAAGCAAAAAAAAGGAAUAAGAAAAAAAAAAUCUUCUUUAACUUUGGGGGAAUAGAAGUACAACUUUCCUCAUUGUUUAGGGUUUGUUUUUAAAAUGGUUGAGUUUUGGCAAUUCAUGAAUGACAUAAAAUCAAUAAUUAUGAUGGUAACUGUUCAAGUUUCAUUUGCUGUUGUCAACAUUUUAUACAAGCUUGCUGCAGUUGAUGGCAUGAACCUCAGGGUCUUAGUGGCAUAUCGCCUUCUUUUCGCGGCCGCCUUCAUCGUCCCAGUCGCUUACUUUGUUGAAAGCAAUCUCACCUCAAAACCAAAGUUAACAUGGACGGUUCUCGGCCAAGCUUUUCUGUGUGGACUAUUCGGGGGAACAUUGGUUUAUAAUCUAUUUUUGGAGAGCCUUGUAUUAACCUCUGCCACCUUUGCUGCUGCUAUGUUAAAUCUUAUCCCUGCUAUUACCUUCAUUCUUGCUGUUUUUUUCAGGUUGGAGAAGGUAACACUAAAAACAUUUCCGGGAAGAGCAAAGGUUAUGGGAACUAUAGUUGGGAUUUUAGGUGCAAUGAUGCUUACAUUUUAUAAAGGUGCUGAAAUUAAGAUAGGGUCACCAAAGGCUCACCUAAUGAAAGACGCAGCUCAUGGACCAGUAAUGCAUGAUGCGCGAGAAUGUCUAAUUGGGUCCGUACUUGCGCUUGGUGGUUGUUGUUCAUAUGCUUCUUGGUUGAUUGUGCAGGCGAAGAUGAGUAUCAACUAUCCAAGUCCUUAUUCGUGCACAGCUUUGAUGAGUAUAAUGGGAUCAAUUCAAUCUGCCGUGUUCGCGUUUUGUAUGGAUCGAGACUUGAAAUCAUGGAAGCUGGGUUGGAACAUUCGACUUCUCACUAUUUCCUACUCCGGUAUUGUUGCUUCCGGUGUAAUGGUGACAUUAACCGCUUGGUGUAUUCGUCUUAAAGGACCAUUGUUCGUGUCCAUAUUCAACCCUUUAACAGUUGUUCUAGUCGCAUUUGCAGGAUAUCUCUUACUGGAUGGAAAGUUAUACUUUGGAAGUGUACUAGGAGCAAUAUUAAUCGUGAUCGGGUUAUAUGGGGUAGUAUGGGGUAAAGGGAAGGAGAUAAAGAAGAUAACAAAGCUUAUGCCUUCAAUGAGUUGCAAAGAUUCAAAUGAAGAUAUCGAAAUUAUUACAUCUUCAGUACUUGACAAGGGAAGCAACGCUAAUAAGGAUAUUGUUAUGAACAAUGCUUCAACAAGGCCAAAUUUUGCAACAAAGUAAGAUGAUAAUCACUCAUUUCAAAACGACAAUAUUGACGUUGAUGCUCAAUGAUGUGAAUCCAAAAAUGUUGUAUGAUUAUCAUGAAAAUCGGUAUGUUAAUCAUCUAUUACUCCAUGCUACAAGCUGUAAUGUAGGUUUAGUAGUCAUAAU